AUGACAACCAAGACGUGUUCAAAUCAAGUCCGCAUUAAUCAGUCAACCCAGAAGAAGUUUCCCAAUUAUUUUACCAUACAAUUAAGUCCAUCAACAUUAACAUCCAUUCCCUAUCUGGACGGUGAAGUAACUGUAUAUGAACACUUAUAUAAUAAAUCACGUCUUUUUCUGCCACCAUUGGCUUUAUUGGAUAUAAAUCAAACACACGUUGAAUAUAAUCGUUUACAAAAAAUAUAUUUGCUCUCACUCACCCUUAUACUCUAUACAAAUGAAUUACGUACAAGUGUAUUAGACUAUUUAGGAACAACAAUGAAUCGUUGUCAACGUUCUUUGACACAACACGAAAUGUGUCAAGUUAAAAUGAUUCCCAUAGAACGUUAUCGUCUAGUAUGGAAACGCUCUAUACCAUUAGCAACAGAUUACGUAUUAGAUUCAAGCUGGAUGUCAAAUACAGCUUUAUUUAAUAAAAUUCAUUUUUAUAUACAAUGUGCAACAAAUCAAACAUGUUAUGAUUUAUACCACGAUAUUUAUCGUAAUCCGCGUAUUUUAAAUGGAUUUGAAUUAGAAUACAGUACACAAACAGAAAAACAAUCACGUAAACAAAUAACUAUCACAGGUCAACAUUUAGUGCAAACAUCUUUAUAUUCAAAAUUAAAACAAAUGUCACAAGUGACAGAUGAUAUCCGAUAUUUACUUGUGGAUGAUAUGCAACAUUUAUUAACAGAAACGUUGACAUCGAUGGAAUUAACUGAAAUAACAGAUGCUGAAUAUGUUUCACAACAUGAUCAAAAAGCUCUAUUUCAAGCCUUACAACAUCGUUUAUUUUCUUCAAAUCAUCAAUUAUUAGGUGAACAUAUAAAACAACAAUGGAAUUCUGUUUAUUGGACUGCUGAUGUCAUUCGUCCAGAUCGUAUUGUUCAUUUAUUAAAUAACGAACUAUCAGAAUUACGUAAUAGGACAUUGAGUAAGGAACCAUUUGAUGUACAUGCACAACAACAUAAAACGAAUUUAACUCAUAAUACAAAUAUAAAUAAUCAAAUGUUUGAUAAUUCAGGUAUAAAUGCAACAGAAAAACCAAAUCGAAACGUAUUCUAUUCACAUAAAAAUCAUGCAGCUAAUCAACAACUUAUUGAUCACAAAUUUGACGACAAAUCAAAAAGUGAUUCUGACAUUAUAUAUAAGCAUACGGAUCGAAGCACAGCACAAGAUGAUUCUGCCGAGGUAAGUGUUUCCAGUAUUGCCAAAUUUAUUGGCGGUGUAGACAUUAAAUCAUCUGGCUAUGAUCAUCGUUCGUCUAAAAAUCCCUAUGGGCAAGCAAAGCCACGAGUUAUUUCAAAUAGUGUUUCAUCGCAAAACGUUUCAGGAAAUUAUACUGAUCGGCCAAAUCAACAAAACCAUGGAUGGAAAAAUAAUCAUGGUAAAGAUGAUAGUCAUUUAAAUUAUGAUCGUCAAGCGUGGUAUAAAGCAUCUAUUGAUGAUAAAUCUGAUUUUUCUCUUACAAGUAUGUCAUCAAUGAAUGACAACGAUAUUGAUGAAAUUCGAAAAAAAAAUGUUGAUUUUUAUAAAAGAAAUCGUCAGUAUCUACAAUUUAAUGGCGAAAAAUUUGACAUUAAACCAUUACAAGUCUAUAAAUUCAAUCUGGGUCAGUUUGAUGAGAAAACAAAGUUUGUUCAUAGAAGUAUUGUUAUUGCACGUGUUGAAUCUAUUCAUACUAUACCUCUGCACACCUCUGGCACCGGAUUAUCCACAACUGUUCCCGUGGUAGAUACUUAUUUAAAUUCAUUUGAAAAUAAAUUAAAUCAAGUUCAGAAUGAAAUAUUAAGAUCGCAUAAUCAAAUUCGUACUUUCAAUGAUAUAAUAUCAAAUUUACAAACACAAAUGAAUACAAGCAUGGCAAAAAAUGAUGAACGAAUUAGAAUACUGAAGCGUGAAAUAUUAGAUUUACAAACACAAAUGAACAGAAGCAUAACAAGUGAAAAUGAUCAGACUAAUACGUUGAAUGCUGAACUACGUAAAGUCAAAAAUGAUUUAACUACUGAAAGAAAGGUACUCAAAAAUCAAUCCACCAGUUUAGAAAUUGCAUCCGUAUCCCAGGUGCAACCGGUACCGGUACCGGCAAAACACGAUCAAGGCAAGCCAGUACCGACCGGCACUGGUGCUGGUCGGUACCGAUACGAAGUAGCGCAAGCAACAAGGUGUUCAUCACUUCAAGCGAAAGUUCAAGUGGCAUCUUCAUCGAAGAGACAUUCACCACCAAAUCAACUGGAACAAUAG